AUGAUAGAUGUUCCAGGCACCAGUCUGAAGAUAUUUCCUCUCCUCUCCACUCCUUUCAGCCCUCUCACCUUCUCUCUCUCUCUCUCUCCAGGUGCUCCACGAGAUGAUAGAUGUUCCAGGGACCAGUCUGAAGCUGUGCUACCUGAGCUCCAGGACGUCUGGCUACCGCAGCCUGCUGAAGGUGACCAUGACCCCAGCCAUGGUGUCUCUGGGCCUGCUCAAGGUCCAUCUGAUGGUGGCUGUGGAGGGACAUCUCUUCCAGAAGUGGUUCCACGCCUCGCCCAACCUGGCCUACACCUACAUUUGGGAUAAAACAGAUGCCUAUGGACAGAGAGUCUACGGGCUGUCGGAAGCUGUCGUGUCGGUGGGGUAUGAGUAUGAGUCGUGUGCCAGUCUGAUCCUAUGGGAGAAGAGGACAGCAGUACUACAGGGCUUUGAACUGGACCCUUCUAAUCUGGGAGGCUGGUCUCUGGAUAAACACCAUAUACUCAACACACGCAGCAGUAUCCUCCAUAAAGGUAGUGGUGAGAACGUGUUUGUGUCAGAGCAGCCCCCUGUGAUCAGCAGUGUAAUGGGGAACGGCCGUCGACGCUCUAUAUCCUGCCCCAGCUGUAACGGCCUCGCCGACAGCAACAAGCUACUGGCGCCCGUAGCCCUGGCAACAGGCAUCGACGGGAGCCUCUACGUGGGAGACCUGAACUUCGUACGCAGGGUCUACCCCUCGCUCAACACCACAGGCAUACUGGAACUGAGGAACAAAGACUUCAGGCACAGUAACAACCCCACUCAUAAGUACUUCCUGGCCAUUGACCCGGUAACGGGAGCAUUGUUUAUCUCGGAUACCAACUCACGGCGUAUCUACCGUGUGCGCUCGCUGACGGGCGGGCAGCUUCUGUCGGACAACGCAGAGGUGGUUGCUGGGACGGGAGAGCAGUGUCUGCCCUUUGACGAGCGCUGUGGGGAUGGAGGCAAAGCUACUGAGGCGACACUGAUGAGCCCCAAAGGUAUUGCUGUGGAUAAGAAUGGUCUGAUGUAUUUCGUGGAUGCCACUAUGAUCCGUAAGGUUGACCAAAACGGGAUCCUCUCCACUCUACUGGGCGCCAACGACCUGACCGCAGUACGACCACUCAGCUGUGACGCUAGCAUGGACAUCAGCCAGGUGCGUCUGGAGUGGCCUACAGACCUGGCAGUAAACCCCAUGGAUAACUCUCUGUACGUACUGGAGAACAACGUCAUCCUGCGCAUCACUGAGAACCACCAAGUGAGCAUCAUAGCAGGGCGGCCCAUGCAUUGUCAGGUUCCAGGUAUAGACUACAGCCUGAGUAAGCUUGCCAUCCACGCUGCGUUGGAGAGUGCUACAGCCAUCGCCCUGUCUCACACCGGAGUUCUCUACAUCGCUGAGACAGACGAGAAGAAAAUCAACCGCGUCAGACAGGUGUCCACUAACGGCGAGAUGUCUCUGCUGGCCGGCGCCGCGUCGGACUGCGACUGCAAAAAUGAUGUCAACUGCAACUGUUUCUACGGUGACGACGGCUACGCGCCCGACUCCGGCCUCAACUCCCCCGCCUCGCUCGCAGUCUCACCCGACGGAACGCUUUUCAUCGCCGAUCUUAACAACAUACGCAUCAGAGCCGUACGAGCCAACCGGCCCAGCCCGUCAGCCCCGGGGGCGGGAUCAGGAUCGAUGAUGGGACAAUACGAAGUUGCUUCACCACGGGAACAGGAGCUCUACGUGUUCAAUGGUGACGGUCAACAUCUACAGACCGUGAGUCUGAUCACUGGAGAACCGUUAUAUAACUUUACCUACGGGCCGGACAGAGAGCUAGCCACGGUGGUGGACAACUGCAACAACACUGUCAGGGUGAGAAGGGACGGUCUGGGCCAGGGAGGGAGUUCUGGCCUCCUCAGACUGGUGUUACUGCCAGAGAACCAGGUGGUGACCCUGGGUCUGGACCCUGCUGGGGGGUUGAGGAGUGUCUCAGCCCAGGGACAGGAGGUGGCCCUACUGGGGUACUCUGGGAGUACAGGACUACUGGCCACCAAGGCUGACGAGACCGGAUGGACCACCUUCUACCAGUAUGACAGUGAAGGUCGUCUGACCAAUGUAACCUAUCCUACUGGCAUGGUGACAAGUCUGCACCGGGAGAUAGAACGCUCCAUCAACAUUGACAUAGAGAGCUCCAGCAGAGACGAUGACGUCACUGUUAUCACCAACCUGUCCUCUGUAGAGGCCUCAUACACCGUGGUACAAGACCAGGUGAGGAACAGCUACCAGCUGUGUAACAACGGCACCCUGCGGGUGAUGUAUGCCAACGGGAUGGGCAUCAGCUUCCACACUGAGCCCCACAUCCUGGCCGGGUCGGUCAGUCCUACUAUCGGCCGUAGGAACAUAACACUACCCACAGACAACGGACUCAACUCCAUCGAGUGGCGGCUCCGCAAGGAACAGACCAAGGGGAAGGUCACUGUGUUUGGCAGGAAGCUGAGGGCACAUGGUCGUAACCUCCUCUCCAUCGACUUCGACCGCAACACUCGGACGGAGAAGAUCUACGACGACCACCGCAAGUUCACGCUCCGCAUCAUGUACGACGCGCAGGGCCGGCCCGCCAUGUGGUUGCCUAGCAGCAGCCUGGCAGUAGUGAAUGUGUCAUACUCGACCACGGGUCAGCUGGUGGGGCUGCAGAGGGGCAGUAUGAGCGAGAGGACAGAGUUUGACCCUCAGGGACGUAUUCUGUCACGGUCGUUCAUAGACGGCAAGGUGUGGAGCUACAGCUACCUGGAUAAGUCCAUGGUCCUUCUCCUGCAGAGCCAGAGACAGUACAUAUUUGAGUUUGACACCUCGGGGCGCGUCACGGCCGUCACCAUGCCUAGUGUAGCCCGUCACACCAUGUUCACCCACAUCUCUAUCGGUUACAUCCGCAACACCUACAACCCUCCGGAGAGCAACGCCUCCAUCAUCCAUGACUUCAGCGAAGACGGCCGCCCCAAGGCCACCCACUACCUCGGCACCGGCCGACACGUCCUCUACAAGUACGGCAAGCUGGCCAAGCUAGCUGAAAUACUCUACGACAGCACUGCGGUGACGUUCGGUUAUGACGAGACGGCUGGGGUGUUGAAGAUGGUGAACUUACAGAGUGGCGGGUUCUCCUGUACGAUACGUUACCGUAAGAUGGGUCCGCUGAUCGACAAGCAGAUCUACCGGUUCAGUGAGGAGGGGAUGGUGAACGCUAGGUUUGACUACACGUACCACGACAACAGCUUCCGUAUCGCUAGUAUGAAGCCAGUCAUCAGUGAGACUCCGCUGCCUGUGGACCUCUACCGCUAUGAUGAGAUCUCUGGAAAGGUGGAGCACUUUGGGAAGUUUGGUGUGAUCUACUAUGACAUCAACCAGAUCAUAACCACAGCUGUGAUGACCCUCAGCAAGCACUUCGACACCCACGGGCGCAUCAAGGAGGUGCAGUACGAGAUCUUCAGGUCCCUGAUGUACUGGAUGACGGUGCAGUACGACAGUAUGGGACGCGUGGUGAAGAGAGAGCUGAAGAUUGGACCGUACGCCAACACAACACAGUACCGUUAUGAGUAUGACGGGGACGGACAGCUCAGCGGGGUGAAGGUGAACGACUGGUCCACCUGGCGCUAUAGCUACGACCUGAACGGCAACCUGCACCUCCUCAACCCCGGGAACAGCGCCCGCCUCACGCCACUCCGCUACGACCUCCGAGACCGCAUCACGCGUCUGGGCGACGUGCAGUACCGUCUGGAUGAGGACGGCUUCCUGAGCCAGCGAGGCUCGGAUGUCUUCGACUACAACUCCAAGGGCCAGCUCCUUAGAGCAUAUAACAAGCUACCGGGAGGCUGGAGCGUCCAGUACCGCUAUGACGGACUGGGCAGGAGAGUGUCCACUAGGACCAGUCUGGGACAACACCUCCAGUUCUUCUACGCUGAUCUGAACCACCCGGCUAGAGUCACACAUAUAUUCAAUCACUCCAGCUCAGAUAUCGCUUCACUGUACUAUGACUUGCAGGGCCAUCUGUUUGCUAUGGAGGUGAGUAGUGGAGAGGAGUAUUACAUCGCCUCAGACAACACAGGAACACCACUGGCUGUCUUCAGCAGCAACGGACAGAUGAUCAAACAGGUCCAGUACACAGCAUACGGGGAAGUGUACCUGGACUCCAACCCAGAGUUCCAGCUGGUGGUUGGGUUCCAUGGUGGUCUCUAUGACACCCUGACCAAGCUGGUCCACUUCACCCAGAGGGACUAUGACGUCCUGGCAGGCCGCUGGACCUCGCCAGACUAUGCCAGUUGGCCCAAGAUCGGCAAGGACCCUGCACCCUUCAACCUGUACAUGUUCAAGAACAACAACCCCCUCAGCGAUGUGUUGGACAUCAAGAACUACGUCACAGACGUGAAGAGUUGGCUGGUGAUGUUUGGUUUCCAGCUCAGUAACAUCAUACCAGGGUUCCCCCAUCACACCCUCUACUUCGUAGAGCCUCCCUACGAGCUGCAGGCCAAUAGGGACUGUGAAAACGGACAGCUGAUAACGGGGGUGCAGCAGGCAGCGGAGCGCCACAACCAGGCCUUCAUGGCCCUGGAGGGACGGCUCCUUAACAAGGACCCCCGCGACCGCAGCGACAAGCCAGGACACUGGUUCGGCACAUCAACGCCCAUCAUCGGCCGGGGAGUGAUGCUAGCGCUGAAGGAAGGACGUGUGGUGGCGGCAGUUAGCUCCAUGGCAACCGAGGACAGCCGGAAAGUGUCCCUGGUCCUCAAUGGCGCUAUCUACCUGGACGGAACGCACUACACACAGGACGGACAUGACUGUCACUUCUUCGUUAAAGUCGGUUCGGCCGAUAGUGAUUUACUGGCGCUGGGGCUCACCAACGGACGCAAGGCGCUGGAGAGCGGGAUCAAUGUGACUGUGAGCGGGAGGUCGCGGCGCGGCACCACAGUGGAGUUUGCAGUGCCGUCGUUAGCCCUCAGCGUGCGGUAUGGGCUAGCGCUGGACGUGGUGGACGAGGAGAGGGUGAGGGUGCUGGAACUAGCCCGGCAGAGGGCCCUGGCUGGGGCCUGGCUGAGGGAGCAGCAGAGGGCCAAGGAUGGGAAGGAAGGGAGCCGGCUGUGGACAGAGGGGGAGAAGCAGCAGCUGCUGACCUCGGGGAGGGUACAGGGGUACGAUGGGUAUUAUGUUCUACCCGUGGAACAGUACCCAGAACUGGCUGACAGCAGCACCAACAUCCAGUUCCUGAGACAGAACGAGAUGGGCAAGAGGUAACAGCCCACCUGGACUGGGAUGGAGGACUGGCUGACUCUUUCUCUCUCUCACUGACUCUCCUCCUCCUCUUCUCCUCCUCCUCCCUUUCAUCCCCUCACUCUAGUUACUAGUUCCUUCCUCUCUUCGCUCCCCCCCACCCCCCUCCUCCUCCCCCUUUCCUCUCCAACCCCGCAGAAAAUAAACCAACAAAUGGGGUUUCUCACUGAACGCUGCAGGGACUUUUGAAAAGAAGAAUAUACUAGAAAACAUAUUUUUUGUUACUUUUACUGCCAAGGGCAAAACAUCUAACAUUUAGGCAGAAGUUUAUUUUAUUUUUUGUUAUUGUUGAAAACAGACUGUGGAGAAACGCACUCAUGAACCUUGAAAAACAAACUGUUGCUUAAUAACUAAGGUUCCCAUUUUUUAAAAAAUAAAUCGAUAUUUUCACCCAUAUCUUUGGGGUCACUUUGAGGGCGUAAUGACAGACUCUGAACUGAUGGUGGCGCUGUGUUGUGCUGGGUGCUCUGGUAAGGGCCUGCCUCUGAAAUGAACUUGUAGAGCAAAGGGACCAAUAGGGAGGCAGAGCCACCACUGGGCCCAGCCAAUCACAACACUGAUCAGAAGAGAAGAUCACCAACAGCAACAAGCACUGCAGCGUAGCCACGUAAAACGGAGUAAAACUACGAGUCAUCAGUCUCAGGCCUCCCAUUCUCCACCACAAAACUGGUCUCAGCUAUUGCAGCAACAUAUCCUAGCAACCAACACUCACACCACUGAGAUCAUUUAACUCAUAAAGACUUCAAAGUAAAGAAAUAAUAUUUAUAAUUGAGACACAAAGUUGGAGGAUUUUUUUUUGGUGUUUUCGGCUAUCACAAAUAAUAUCACAAGGUUUUAUUUUGAAAAUGGGGAGAAUAUCAUACUACUGUACUAGCUCCAUAUGUGUCAGACUACUACACUUCAGUUCAGACUACUACACUUCAGUUCAGACUACUACACUUCAGUUCAGACUACUACACUUCAGUUCAGACUACUACACUUCAGUUCAGACUACUACACUACAGUUUAGACUACUAUACUACCGUUCAGGGUGUUACGUAUGGUAGCGGUAGAAGCCGUAGUUUUGUAUGUUUCAGUCGCAGUAGAAUCGUGAAACUUUCACCAAGGCACUUCUGUACAGAAACAAUCUAAAAACACCUACCGUACACUAAGUCCAGAAUACAUACAGUGAGGGAAAAAAGUAUUUGAUCCCCUGCUGAUUUUGUACGUUUGCCCACUGACAA